AUGGUGUUUUCUGGUUACAUCUGUUUGGAUUCUGUGGCGGAAGCAGUCAAUGUACAAGUCCAGUGUGGUAUUGCGUCCAUCAGGAGGGGUCCAUGUGGAGUCCCUUUUUGUGUAACACUUUUUCAGUGGUAGUUGGUGGUCAGUGUUCUGUUGGGAGGGUGGUUGUUGUUCUCCAGUGGGUUGAGAGGUGUUGUGUUGUGAAGUUGUUGUUUGUUCUGAUUUGUCUUGUUGUUGUGUGUGUUGAGUAUUUUCUGUUCUGAAACCAUAUGCCAUCAGUGCUCCCAGCUAUGUACGUGACACCACAGAUUUUCUGAGGAAAAUACAAUCUUUAAAUAAUCUUCCCAACAAUACUAUACUAGCUACUAUGGACGUGGAAUCUCUGUAUACCAACAUCCCACACAACGAUGGUUUACAAGCUAUAAGGAACACCAUUUCAGAUAAAACCACAGCGGACCUUGCCACCAAACUCUGCCAAUUUGUCCUUACCCACAACAACUUCAAAUUCGGUGAUGACCUGUUCCUUCAGAUCAGCGGCACAGCAAUGGGCACCCACAUGGCCCCACAGUAUGCCAACAUCUUCAUGGCAGAUUUAGAACAACGUUUCCUAAACUCCUACCCACUCAAACCUCUCUUGUACCUGCGAUACAUUGACGAUAUUUUUAUCAUCUGGACACAUGGUCAACAGACCCUGGACACCUUUCACCAGAAAUUCAAUGAUUUUUACCCCACAAUCAACCUUACAAUGAAUCAAUCUAUGCAAGAAAUACAUUUUUUGGACACUACUAUAAAAAUACAGGAUGGACGCAUAGACACCACCUUAUACCGUAAACCAACUGACCGACAAACAUAUCUACAUGCCUCUAGCUACCAUCCCAAACAUACCAAACAGUCCAUUGUAUAUAGCCAGGCACUACGUUACAGCCGCAUCUGUUCCAAUUCUACAGACAGAGACUCUCACCUAAGAGAUCUACAGCAAACCUUCUCAGAACUAAAAUACCCAGCAGAUGAAGUUAGACAACAGAUCAACAGAGCCAGACUGAUACCCAGAGAGAACUUGCUGCAAGACAGACCCAAAAAAGAAAAUAACAGAACACCACUAGUCAUCACAUACAGCUCCCAAGUUAAAACAGUUCAACGCAUCAUCAGAGAUCUACAACCUCUCCUGGACAAUGACAGUUCUCUUUCUCAAGCUCUGGGAGGAAGACCUUUCAUUGCCUACAGACAGCCACCCAAUCUUAAACAACUCCUAACCCACAAUAAUACUACAACCAGACUUAACACGGACACUGGCACCAGAGCCUGCAAUAAACCCAGAUGCCAACUUUGCUGCCACAUACACCCAGACAACACCAUUACUGGCCCCAACAACAUCACACAUACCAUCUCGGGACUAUUUAAUUGCUCAUCGUCUAACAUUGUGUAUGCCAUCAAAUGCCAACAGUGUCCUUCAGCUCUCUAUAUUGGACAAACAGGCCAAACCUUACGCCAAAGAAUAAACGGACAUAAAUCUGACAUCAAGAAUCACAAAACAGAGAAACCAGUAGGAGAACACUUCAGUCUCCCAGGACAUUCUAUACAAGAUCUCAAAGUAGCUGUUUUACUACAAAGGAAUUUCAGAAAUAGACUGGAAGAGAAGCUGCUGAAUUACAACUCAUUACCAAACUUAAAACAAUGGAGAGACCUGGUCUGAACAGAGACAUCGGAUUCUUAUCUCAUUAUACAUGACUAAGCCAUUUCUCACCUUCUCACCCCUUGCCUUUUCCUGUAAGACCUAUUACAGUCGUUAAGAGUCGUCAACAGGCUCAUCUCAGCUAUCUGCCAAUCUCCGAUUCCCACCACCCUUCUAAGUAAUACCCCUCCCCACCUUCUCAAUAUAUAGAAGGAUCUGGCAACUUCUGUUUCAGUGUAUCUGAAGAAGUGUGCAUGCACACGAAAGCUUAUACCAAGAACUAACUUAGUUGGUCUUUAAGGUGCUACAGGAAGGAAUUUUUUUAUUUCAAGGAUCCAGUCACCAUUGCAGAGUGUGGGCACAACUUCUGCCGAUCCUGCUUGAUCCUGUUCUGGGGGGAAUCGGAGGCAGAGGCUUCCUGCCCCCAGUGCAGAAAAAGAGUCCAGAGGAGGAGCCUCAUCCCCAACCGGCAACUGGCAAACUUCGUAGAAUUAAUCGAGAAUCUCAGCCUUCAAGAGGGAAAGGAGGAAGGAGGGAAAGGAGGAGUCUGUGAGAAGCACCAGGAGCCCCUGAAACUCUUCUGCACGGAGGAUGAAGCCCCCAUCUGCGUGGUGUGUGACAGAUCCAAGGAGCACAAACACCACGAGGUGAUUCCUCUGGAGGAGGCUUUUGAGGAAUACAAGGUAGGAGAUCCCUGGAUCUUGAGGGGGAGAAAUAGCUGUGGAUUCUUCUUGGGAGGUUUUAUUUUUAAUUCUCUGGUCCAAAGUAGGCAUGGCAUGAAUUGGUGGUUGUUUAUUAUGUAAAAAGCAGCCCAGGGGAAGCCUGAGGUUUGGGAGGAGGGAGUUGAAGUCUUUCUCUCUGCCAGGGGGACAAAGGGAUCUUCCCUUGAAAUACUCACAACAGCUUCAAAGAUUUGUACUGGGACCGUGGGAGGAAGAGAAAGGGUUAACCUCAUCCACAUCCCCCAGCAAGGUUGCAAGGGAUCAGCUGGGUGAGAGAGGGGAGGAGUGGUGGCCAGGAAUUGACAAGAUGGUACAGGAUCCCUGCCCCGCAAGUAUCUGUUGGAAGUAGAUUUAGGAGUGUGUGUGUGUGUGUGUGUGUAUGUGUGUGUGUGGAAGCACCUACUGGUGGGGAGCAUGCUUAUUCUGGGGGUGCUGUGGAGCCUGUGCAAUGAGAUUUCAGUGGUGGGGUGUGUGUGCGUGUGCUGAGGAUCUCCUCCCAUCCGAACUGGCAAAGGACUCAGUGAUAACAAUAAUUAUAAUAAUAAUAAUUUAUUAUUUAUACCCUGCCCAUCUGGCUGGGCCUCCCCAGCCACUCUGGGCGGCUUCCAAAAAAUAUUGAAAUGCCAUAAUACACCAAACAUUAAAAGUUUCCCUAAACAGGGCUGCCUUCAGAUGUCUUCUAAAAGUCUGGUAGUUGUUGUUCUCUUUGACAUCUGGUGGGAGGGCGUUCCACAGGGCGGGCGCCAGUGGUUCAGAGUGGCAUUUGCAAAGACCAGGGGGAAAGAUGACUUUUCCAUGACAACUCAGAAAUGGACCUGUGCUAUUAUACAUAAAAAAUAAAAUCCUCAUUCUGGACCCUGCCUUAGCCCUUCCUCCUCCUCGUCUUCCGACUUCUCCCUGGGACCUCAAGAUGAGAGGCCAGGCUGGGACUAUCCGCAGAGAAGUUCAAAGGAGCAAACAUGGCUGCCUUUGCUCUUCUCCAGACUAGUUUGUUGUGCUAGAAAACUUUCCCAUCCCAGUUCUGCAGUGUUUUUCAACCCGUGUGCUGUGACACCUGGAGUGCCUUGAAUGAUGCUCAGGGGUGCUGCUGGCAACACUGGCCUCUGUCCCUCCAGCUGUUUGCUCCAGCAGCCCUGGCUACAAGCUCCGCUGGCGAAUGGUGCCUCUGGGGCUGGCCAGGGGGUGUUGGCUGCCAGGAGCUGAGGCAGCCUUGGAGGAAGCAAGGAAACUGGCGAGGGGCCCUUGCUGUUGGGAAUGGACAGACAAGUCCCAGGCUCCUGUGGGGCAGCGUGAGGAGGCACCUCUCUUUGGGGCAGCUCAGAGACCCAGAGGAGGACUCCUAAGGAGAGGGGAGAUGAGGUUGAGAGAGCCCUCCGCAAGGGAGGGUGUUCGAGAAAGGGUGAGGGGCUGCAAGCAAGGGGGGACCCAACUGGGAUCCUGAGCCCCACAGGGACACCGCAGAAAGAAGGUAGUUGAUCCAGGGAGCCUUAGACCCAAAAAGGUUGUACUUUUAUUUCCUCUAGUAAAGUACAGUGGUACUUUACCUCAGGAUGAGAACAUAAAUCGCGUGUCGGCGGCAGCGGGAGGCCCCAUUAGCUAAAGUGGUGUUUCAGGUUAAGAACGGACCUCUGGAACUAAUUAAGUUCUUAACCCGAGGUACCACUGUACUUCGCUGUUAUAGCAAGGCCACUGGACCCAAGAAGCCUGUAUAAUAUUCAUCUCCUCUCUGUGUGUCUCAAUCAAACCUAAGUUUCCCUUUUUCUUUUCAGGGAGAGAUCUGUCACCACUUGGAGAUUCUGAGGAAAGAGAGAGGGGAAAUUCUGGCCUAUCUAGCAGCCCUGGACAAGGAAAGCAAAGACCUCCUUGUAAGUGUCUCUCUUGUUACUAGUGAGGGAACAAGCACUUGAAGAAUUGAGUCAGGACUGUGGAAGGAUGGGGAAAUCUGCCCAUUUCAACUUCCCCCCAUUCUCCUUUUCCAUAUCAGUUUGUUUGUUUAUUUAUUAUUAUGAUGAAGGUGGCUACCUUCUUGUACAAAUAUUUUGAUAUGUACUUUACCCUCAUAAAUACAUUUUUUUGUGAACAUUACCUGGCUGGGUCAACCUUGAAAGAUUCAGAGGUGUAAAUUUCAAAAGAUUGUUCUGUUUCAGUCUCCAUAUUUCAGUCUCCAUCACGUUUCAAUGCAGCUAAAUUGAGUUUAUUUCCCAUUGUCAUUUAUUAUAUGAAUAGCAGUGAAGGAGAAGCCUGAGGACUUGUGAGCUGAGAGGGUGGAAGUGGUUCAAUUCAAAUCCUGAUUUACCAUAAAUAUUACUAAAGAGUUGUCUUUCUGAAUGUGCGCUCUUGUUCAUUGUUAGGAAACUCAAGCCAUUUUGAACCUUUAAAGAAAACAGGGGAGCUAUGGGGAUGAACUCUGCCCUGUCCUCCUCCUCCUGUUUCUGCAGUUUCCCUACACCUAAAUGGCACCAGCCUAAGCUGAGGGGUGUUUUAUGUCCCUGGGUGAUCUCUGAACAACUCUGAACUCUGGUUAUGCCAUGCCCCAAAACAUGCAGGGAACAUCCAUGGCUAGGAAAAAGGUCCUUCCUUUAGCCUGUAGCUCUCUGCAAAAUAGAAGUCAACAGGAACAGCAAUGGAGAGGGCCUCCCCUCAAAAUAAAGGUUUACUUCUUUAGUAACUGGUGGUUUCAUGUCUAUUAAAAGUCGGAAGUGUCCUCCCUGUGGAAUUCUCACUAUUCUCUUCCUGAUGUUCUGAAGGCUGAUCACCUUCCACACUCAGACCUCCUCUUUUCCUGCAGAAAUUAACAGAAACGGAGAGGCUGAAGACUAUGGAGAAGUUCAGAGAACUGCGCCAGUUCCUGGAAGCACAAGAGAAACGUCUGCUGACUCACGUGGAAGAGGUGGAGAAGGAGAUUGCAGGGAGAAGGGAUGAGCAGCUGGCCAGACUCUCCAGGAAACUCUCCUCUCUUGAGAGGAUCAUCCAGGAGAUGGAGGAGAAGCGUCAGCAGCCAGCGAGUGAACUCCUGCAGGUAAGAUGGUGGCAGGAACAGCCCAAGGCCCCAGGAAAAGGCUGCCCCUUUCAUGUAUGCAAGGAGUGCAGGGGCUGAGUUGAUGGAGCCUCUAGUCAGGUUUAUAAUGGACAGGAAGACCCAAGAGACCUGGGAUGCUUAACUCACCUGAAUGCAGACUAGAGAUUCGUCUGUGUUCUUGAUGGAACGGGAGCUGAUCUUCUGCUCUUUGCUGAUGCUUUGUCUCCGAACGCCUCUCAGCUGUGGGGGUCUACGUCUGAGAUGCGUUCAGGCCUCCUUCCGACAUGAGCCAGUCUCUUGACCAAGCUUCUCUUCCCGUUUCCUCCACAACUUCUGGGUUGAUCCCCUUCCCCAUGGAUACAGAUCAGCCCAAAAUGGUGCUCAGUCACAGUGAGCAAAGUGCAAGACAGAGGGACUCAUCCAGACUGCCGCUUGUCCCACCCCUUUCCUCCAGGAAAACCCGCUGUUUACUGCUGAAUUAGAGCAAACCUCAGCCAGGUUUUCUCUGCAUUGACGUUUUCUUUGAUGUUGCACCAAGGAGCAGGUUUUUCCUGAGGGAAAGCGGCAGGGCAAAGGAAAACCACUUGGACCCGUGUUCUCUAUGCACAGGAAAAGCAGAAGUGUGGGUGAGCCCAAAGAAACACUGACCUAUUUUAUUACCCCUUGGGAGACAUUUUAUGCUGCAGGUGCUUUUUAAAUUUCCAGGUGGAAAAAAGCAUUUGAAAUUUGGGGACUUCUAUGGAAGACAGUUUAGGACAGUGCCCUGGUAGGAUUAUCCUGUAGGCUUGCUUACGUCUGAAUUGCACAAUGCAAACUGGAUUAAAGUUAUUAAAUUAUAAUCUAAGACUAGAGAUGGUGUGAAUUGUCUCUUGAACCCACAAAUGUGAAAUUUCCCUAAAAUGCUGGUGGAUUUUCAUAAGGAUUUUAAACAAAAAUGGCAAACUGAUGUGGAAAUGUGGAGAUAUUGAAAUCAGAACAGUUAAUAAUUUUACACUGGGAAAAUAAAAGCUGUGAGAAACCAAAACGGGCUGAUUCCGCCAUCCCUACCCAAAACCUUGGCAUGUGCCAGGCAGACUGACAUCCGAGGGGCAGGGUCUGAGGGGGUCUUCCUAGUGUGGCCUGUGGUGUGCAGUGAAUUCCCUUCUCUUUUCCCUCUAGGAUGUGAGAAGGACCUUGCAGAGGUAAGUGGAUCUGGCUCAUUUCCAUUAGCAUCACUCUUUGAAGCUGAGAUGCAAGAACCUCAGACAUGGCCCUCCAGGGGCUGCAGGGGGGAGACUGUGGGACUCACUCCCUGCAGCACCUCACAGGUAAAAGCAGGGCCCCCUCUUCUGAACUUGUAGCCCCCCAAUUCUCCCUCCAAGGUUCAAGGUCAACUGCCUCCUCCCUCUCUCCUCACAUCCCUUCACAAAGGGAUGGGGGCUUUUUUCUUUCUCUUGCACUUUCUGUUCAUGGACUUUGUGGUAAUUUCAAACAUCUAGAAGAGAAAGUGCCAAAGAUGCUUGGGAAGAGCUUAGGACAUAUUUCAAUGUCCAACUAGAAGCCCCUCAACUCUGGUAACUCAGCCCCUUUGAGGCACUGAGGGAGGGAAGGUCUGUUGGUCUACAAUAGGUGGAUUCUUUUUCUUGGGAGCGUUUCCAGCAUGAGAGGCUGAAGGUGGUCUUGAGUGGGGGGUGAAAGUCUAGUUGUUUCCUGCCUCUGGAGGGAGAAUCCCAUGGGGCAUGGAGUUGUGCCCUUCCUGGGUGAGAGAGGGGGUGAAGGGAGGGUGGAGGUUGUUCUCCUUGACCACUUGGCAGCUUGGGACAUCACUCACAUCCUCUGGGGAGGCUCAGAGAGGGAGGGGUUGCAGGCAUUCCACCUCUCCUGGGACCUUCCCAGAAAGUUGUUAUGGAGCAGCAUCGUUUGAAGCCAUGGGAGCCCUCCGGUGGUGUCACUUGGGGUUACAUCUUGUCCCUUGUAAAGUUUAGCAUCCUUACGAAGCCACCGACCAGGGCUUGGAGGUGGGUGUCAAGAGAUGAAGCUGAAUCCUGAAAAUUACCUGUUGGGAAAUGAACUUCAACUUUGUUCAGGUUAUUGAGAUCUCCUGCAAUAAUUAGGGAGAUGGGGCCACAAUGGGGCCAUUCAUUGUUUUUCUUUUCACCAGGUAUGAGGAAAGAGAGAGUCCAGAGAAGCCACUGGCUUUCCCUCCAGAACUGAGGAACAGGAUCUUGGAAUCCGGUGAACUAAUUCACCUUGUGAAGAAUACAAUGAAACAAUGGAAAGGUAAUGAAAAAUGGCUCCCAGGAUUUCACACUCAGAAUUCUAUUAUUUCUUCAGAACUGAACAUGCCAGGCUCUUAUUGCAUGGAAUUGAGUAACCCCAGGAUACCUUCCUUCUUGGUGCUCCAGCCUUCAUUUCCUGCCCCCCAGAUUGGCCCAUGUAUAUUGUGACGCUGGAUCCUGUAAAGAAAGCCUGAACCAGAGUGUAGAGCAAAGUCAGGAUUCUUUCCUCCUAGUUAUACGAAACCUCCUUUUCCUUGUGGUUCCCUGUCUGCACAAUCUGAGUUUGUCCUUUUGGAGGUUCUCCUGCUCUGAAUGGAGUCACAGGGCAUUAAGAAGCCCCCAGUUCCCCCUCUGCCUCCUGCUCAGGCUUCUUUCUCAGCCGUGGAGCCAAGGCCUGAGCCGUCUCCUCCUCAGACGUCCCCCUGCAGCUGCCAUAUCUAGGGCUUCGGCCUUCAAGAUCUCCUGAGAGUUCCCCCAUUGAGAGUGGAAGCAAGAGCACAUGAGCCCCAAAGGGCACAAUUAUGCUUGUGAAGAACCUUAAAGAUUUGUAGAAGGUUUGUGAGGAAGGGUUUCCUUUUGCCUGAGAGCUCUGCCAAUCCUUCCUCAUCAAACUUCGAUUCUCCUUAUGUCUCACAAUUUUGGCUUUAAUGAUUCCCCCCACCACUUAACUUGGGGAAGAUGUGAAGGCUGCCUCCAUCUCCCCUCUGCCUCCUUUUACGGGAUUCCUAUUGCUCUGCCUCCUCUCCAGUCCUCCAAUGUAGAGCCCAAUUUAGGGACAAAGUUCAGAGACCAUUAGGAUUUAUGCUGAAUAUUCUUAUUCUGCUAUUUAAAGUUUUAGUUAUUUUCAUAGAUUCUUCCUAUGAUUUUCUAGUUUUAAUUUUUUUUGUACUAUUUAAUUAAUAUUUAAUAAUUGUACUUCAAUUUAAGGAUGCCACAUUAUGAAGUGUUACUUUUGUAUAGAGAUUUAUUUCUGGUGGAAGAGUGUUGCCCUUACACUUUAUAUCUUUCUGCUUCCUCAGAUGCUCUGCUAUUCAGUGAACAAAUUCAGAAAGGUAAAUUUCCAGGAGAGGAACAAUUUCACUGGAGGGAUGGGGACUGAUAUUUCAUGGGUGUUGAACCGUCUGCUCUGCAGACUUUGGGACCCCCAUCAAUGGCGUCACUCUGGGAAACAGUCCUCUAGUGCCGUUUGGGUUCUUUCCAUGUCCCAUGAAUGAACUGGGAGAGGGUUUGAAGGCUUGGCCUGGGGGCAGAGCUUGGCCCUGCGAAGAACCUGCACACCAGUCUGAGUUCCAUUUCUGCCUAUAGACCAGUGGUGGCAAACCUUUUAUGGACCGAGUGCCCAAACUGCAACACACGACCCACUUAUUUAUCGCUAAGUGCCAACACGGCAAUUUAACCUGAAUACUGAGGUUUUAGUUUAGAAAAAAAACCUCCUAUAUUAACACCUUUGGUCUUAAAAGAAAAACACAAUAACAGCUUUCAAUGAUACAAACAAAUUUUAUCAAAAGGUAAAAGUUUGUAUUUGGCAUACUUUUGAACAAUUAAUGUGAUUUUUGCUGUUGAAUGCAUGUUGAUAAUUUGUCUAACCUUGGCUGAGGCUUUGUAAGUUUGAGAGCAACAAAUGCAGCACUCAAGUGAAGGAGACUGAUUUAAAAACCAACAAGGAAGAUAUUUAUUCUCCAAGGAGUAUCAGUCUUGCAAGCGAUGCAAAGAAAUCCCCUUGAUAUGAGAGGGAAUCUGGGUUUUUGGGGUGUUUUUUAUUUAUUUAUUGAUCUGAAUGUCCGUUUCUGUCUCUCAGCUGACUCUGCCUAAUCUUCUCUUUCCCUCAUCUUCUCCCCAAAAGCAAAUGUCACUCUGGAUCCAGACACAGCCCAUCCUGAACUCAUCCUGUCUGAGGAUCGGAAAAGUGUGAGAAGGGGACACAAACCUCAAGCCCUGCCUGAUAAUCCUGAGAGAUUUAGCCACAAGAUUUGUGUGUUGGGACGUGAGGGAUUCACAGCAGGCAGACAUUUCUGGGAAAUCACUGUGGGAAGUCGGGAAGAGUGGGCUUUGGGGGUCGCCAGGAUGUCUGUGGAGAGAAAGGGCAUCUUCCCCUUAAGGCCUGAGUGGGGGAUCUGGGCUGUGGAGAAGUGGGGAGGGGAAUACUGGGCCUGCACCUCCCCUAAAUACUCUCCUCUGUCCCUGAUGGAGAAGCCCAGGAGGAUCCGGGUGACUCUGGACUAUGAAGGGGGACGUGUGUCUUUUUCUGACGCUGACUCAGGAGCCGAACUCUACACGUUCUCAGGAGCCUCGUUCUCUGGAGAGACCCUCCUCCCUUACUUUGAUCUGUGGGAAAAUAAAACCCACCUCAGUAUCUCCUGA